ACAUUCACAUUUUAGUGCUACCAAAUUCACAAAACAAAUUCUCCACAGCUUCUCCUCAAAGAUUUGAAGCACUCCUAAAAAGAAAAAACCAAACAAACAAACAAACAAACAACACCCAUAAUUUUGAAACCAUGUCUUUCUCAAAGAAAUUGCCUUUGGUUCUCUUGUUUUCUUCCCUUUUCAUCCAUGCAUCUUUAGGUGAGUUGGUAUGUGAGGACUUGCCAAAGGACUUGUGUGCAUUCUCAAUAGCCUCCUCAGGGAAGAGGUGCUUAUUAGAGACGGAGAGAGCGGCGGACGGCGGCGUGGAGUACCAAUGCCGGACGUCAGAAGCCGUGGUGGAGAGGAUGUCGGAGUACAUCGAGACGGACCAAUGUGUGGCCGAUUGUGGGGUUGAUAGGAGCUCAGUUGGGAUCUCAUCUGAUGCUUUUUUUGAGCCACAAUUCUCCGGCAAGCUUUGCUCCCCAGCAUGUUACAAGAAUUGCCCUAACAUUGUUGACCUUUUCUUCAACUUGGCUGCUGGAGAGGGAGUGUAUUUGCCAGAGCUAUGUGAGAAGCACAAGACAAAUCCUCACCGUGCCAUGGUUGAGCUAAUGAGCUCAGGAGUUGCAGCCCCAGGACCUGUUUCUAAUAAUCUCUCUGAAGAUAUUUCAUCAGCAUCUGCCCCUUCUCCACAGUAAUCAUCAUCAUUCUUUUUCACUCUUUUGAUGGUGCAAAUUUUAAUGGGUUGGGUUUGGAUUUAAAUGUUGGUGUUGAUAUAGAAUUUAGCAUUAUGUAACUAGUUAUAUAUUUGUUAUCUAAAUUUAUCAAAUUUUGGAAAUAUUGUUGGUGGUCUUCUUUUUGAGAGAGAUGAUAUGAACUUCGAUACAAUAAAAAAAAAGUGCUAUUCUUGGUACUA